AUGAAGAGCACAGACAAAAGAGCAGCUUAUAGCGAUGCUCUUAGCGCUGUGCAAAGCAACGAUCAGUUCGUUGCUUUGUGCAGGCGCCAAGAUUUCCACUUUGUGAUGCUGUGGGCACCGACGAUCAAAACUGGGUUCACCGUUGCACUAGUGUACUGUUGUAGUGGCGGUGGUGGUUCUGUGUUGUGCGAUGGUGGUUGCUUCUAUGUUGUGCAGUUGCAGUGGCAUGUUGGUUCUAUGUUGUGUGGUGGUGGUGCUGUGAGGUUAGUGACUUGGCUCGGCCAGUAUAUGCAAGAGCUGGGCUCCCGAGAGGAUCUUGAUCUGGUGUCGAAUCUGUUUGACGCGCCAGUAGAAAGUGUGGAGAAGAUGGAAUCGGAGAAUGAUCUAUUUUCUAAUUAUAUAAUUAUGGAGAAGCUUAGUGCUCAAGAUAUAUAUGAGAUUGAUGACUCUAUUUUCGACAAUGUAGGUAGUAGAAGUGGGGUGUCGAAUAACGACGGUGAACAAAAGAGUGGUGGUGGUGGUGGUGUUGAUAGGUCGAGGCAUAGGCAUAGUAACUCAGUGGAUAGUUUUCGAGUUUUAUGUUUUCUGAAAUUGUUGGUAGUGGUUCUGUUGAUGGUGUGA